AUAAAUUCUCACACACACACACAGCUUACCAGCUAGCUAUAUAUCCCAUCCCAUACCAUCCUCCCUCACUUCCUACCUCUCUUGUUUCUUUCUCUUCUCUCUUUCUCUGUUAGACUUUGAAAUACUGAUAUUAUCCCGAGAAAAUCAAACAAGCAAUGGGCAGAGAAACUUGGUGGGUCCUUUUCCUUCUAUCAACACUACUGCUAUUUGUGGAUGAAAUCCAUGGAAGCAGAAGGCAAGAACAAGCUCUCAGGAAUCUGAACAAGGCCAAGUUCAGAGGAGGAGGUUCCAUCGACAGAAGCAGUGAGACAAUCUUCGAAGCUGAUAAGGCUGUGUUUGGAGAUUAUAAUGAUGAUAGGUCUCGUUACUAUUAUCCUCAGCAAGGAUUGAAAGAGAAAGACAGGAUUGAGAGGCUUCCAGGGCAGCCUGAAGGUGUGAGUUUCUCUCAGUAUGGAGGAUAUGUGACUGUGGAUAAAAUUGCAGGAAGAGCUUUUUAUUACUAUUUUGUUGAAGCUCAACAACCUCAUAGGCAAAAAUUGCCUCUUCUUCUUUGGCUCAAUGGAGGUCCAGGAUGUUCAUCACUUGCGUAUGGGGCAAUGCAAGAGCUGGGACCAUUCCGUGUAAAUAGCGACGGCAAAACACUUCAAAUCAACAAAUACUCUUGGAACUACGCUGCAAAUGUAUUAUUCUUAGAAUCACCAGCAGGAGUGGGAUUUUCAUAUUCAAACAGAACAUCAGAUUAUAGCAAUAAUGGGGACAGGAAAACUGCAGCAGACAACUACGUGUUCUUAAGGAACUGGUUGGAGAGGUUUGCAGAGUACAAGAAUUCUGAUUUCUAUAUUGCCGGGGAGAGCUAUGCUGGCCAUUAUGUUCCUCAACUUGCUCACACCAUUCUCUACCAUAACAACCAUCCCAAUUCCUCCUUCAUCAACCUCAAAGGCAUCUUGAUAGGGAAUGCAGUGAUAAAUGAUGGGACAGACAGCAAAGGGAUGUGGGAUUUCCUAGCAAGCCAUGCCAUAAUAUCAGACCAAGCAGCUCGUGUUGUGAACAAAUUGUGUGAUUUCUCAGAGCUUGUCGCAAACCAGAGCAGUGAAUGCAGUGCAGCUUCAGAUGAAAUUGAGAAAGAUCUUGGCUACAUCGAUAUAUACAACAUCUAUGCUCCUCUAUGCCUUAAUUCCAACCUCACUUCCCUUCCUAAGCCCCCCUCUGUAGUGACAGACCCAUGUAGUGAUAAUUAUGUGUAUGCAUACUUGAACCGAGCUGAGGUACAAGAGGCAUUACAUGCCAAUGUUACAAAACUCACACAUGAUUGGGAGCCUUGCAGCAAUGUUAUCUCCCAGUGGCGUGAUAGUGCUUCCACUGUCCUUCCACUUUUGCAUGAGUUCCUCAAUCAUAGCCUUCAAGUUUGGAUCUUUAGUGGAGAUGUGGAUGGGAGAGUUCCAGUAACCUCAACCAAGUAUUCUAUUGAGAAGAUGAAUCUUCCUAUUAAGACUGCUUGGCAUCCCUGGUUCGUCAAUGGAGAGGUAGGAGGGUACGCAGAGAUGUACAAAGGAGGCUUAACAUUGGCAACAGUGAGAGGAGCAGGACACCAAGUGCCCAGCUAUCAGCCAGCAAGAGCCCUUUCUUUGGUCACUCACUUCCUAAAAGGCAUCCCUCUUCCUAAUACCACUACACAUAUCCCUAAUUACUAAUUCCUUUCUCUUUUUUCUCUCUCUGUUUUUUUAAUAAGUAAUUUCAAUUUAAUUAACGUUUCAGCAAUGUAAAUGAAUUAUGAAUUAUCGUAACGUUGUCUUCUCAAGAACCCCCCCCCCCACCCCAAAAAGAAAAACACUGAAAUUGAUGUUAGACAAUAGUUCCUUUUUUAAAUGGCGAGUCCAUUUUGCGUGAGGUUGAUUAUGGGUUUAUGGGUUGGGUUGGGCUUUAUUUGGGUAGUUUUUCGGGAAAUGAAACCCAAUAUGAGUUUAAUUUGAAAAGAAUUACUCAA